AUGACGACGGACAACUUCCAGAAGAGAGAAGAAGGAAACGGAGGCGUAUGGGGAGAGCUCCUCUUCACCUAUGCCGACGAAGAGCUCGACCACGAUCCCGACUCUUAUCUCAAGCUGCAGAAGCCGCAUCGCGAGCGCCCCAAACGCGGCGUGUGGAAGCAGCUCCAUUCGCUCCGUCCCGAGCUGGACCAACUCAGCACCCGCUCCGAGGCGCAACGCAUCCAGACUGCUCGUGUCGACCUGGCCAAGCGUGGAUUCGCCGUGCUGCCCCACUUCAGCCAUGCUUUGGAAGAGAACGGCAUCGACACGCAAGAGGACUACUCGCAGUUUGUGCGCGAAAACCAGCAACUCGUCAAGAUCAUCACGGGCGCAGACGAAGUGAUCGUGUGGAACACGGUAAAGCGCGACUCGACCGUCUCAGCUUCCGCUAGUCUCGACGACGACUAUGAGCAGCAGCAACGCCCUCAGGGUGUCGAGUCGAGAUUCGACAAGCCCAUCGAGCCACCCGCCUUGUUCGCUCACAUCGAUCAGGAUCCUUCGCAUGGCGCUAGGGUCUGCUCCAUGGCCAUCGCCGGUACGCCUUCCCUCCUCACUCCAGCACAGAGCACCGGGAUGGACCCUAGCGAGGCUAUCAGCUCGAAUCUAUCCGCCCAGUAUGCAAGAACGAUGAUCAUCAAUCUGUGGAGACCAGUGGGAGGCACAGUGUACGAUAAGCCGCUCGCUCUGGCCGACUACAGAUCGUUAGACCAGCGCUUCAUCUCGAGACAUGCCAAUCCAUUCGGAUGUGGAUACGACCUCCAUGCGCAUGACAAGCAGCAGUGGCACUUUGUGCCGCAUCAGACCAACCACGAGGUGCUCGUCUUCAAGUGCUACGAUUCCUUGUCGCUGAAACACCACCAACGUCAAUCGGGCGAAACCCAAGAGGCUCUGUACGGCGCACAUUGUGCCGUCACUCGGAUCAAGGGCGAUUAUCCAGCGCCGCCACCCAACGCACCGCCAAGAAAGAGCGUCGAGGUGCGCUUUGUUGCUGUCUGGCGCUAG